UACUAGAAAGGCCCAAUCGCCUAUCCAAUCCCUAGUUCCUAAUUUACGCAGCGAUCUCUCGCAGCAUUGGUUCCACCUAAAAUGGCGAAGCGGGAGAGCGCGGAUCGAGAGGAUACCAGUUGUGGCAUCAACGCUGUUCUCACGGACGAUGUCCUCCGUGUGGUGCUCUCCAAGCUGGAGAGCGAGGAGGAGAGGGACGCGUUCGGCCUCGUCUGUACGCGCUGGCUUCGAAUCCAGAAUACGGAGCGCCGACGCCUCCGGACUAGAGCUGGUCCGGCCAUGCUCCGGCGGAUGGCUAACCGAUUUUCCGGUAUCGUUGAACUCGACAUGUCCCAGUCAGCGUUCCGCUCGUUUUUUCCUGGGGUAACAGAUUCGGAUCUCUCUGUUGUUGCUGCCAGCUUCCCUUUGCUGCGAGUUCUCAAUCUGAGCAAUUGUAAAGGUAUCACUGAUGCUGGAAUGGUAACAGUUGGCAACGGUCUACCAUGUCUUCAGUCCUUAGAUGUUUCUGACUGCAAAAAACUGACUGACAAGGGACUGGUCCCCAUCGUCAACGGAUGCCGCAAUCUUUUCAAACUACGGCUCGUGGGUUGCAGAGCCAUCACUGACGAAUUGCUUCCGGCUCUCUCUCACAACUGUCAUCAUCUCGAAGAGCUCGACUUAGCCGGCUGUUCGAAAAUAACAGACAUCGGAAUCAUGGGGCUGGUCGACGGCUGCCGCCAGAUUAAGUGCCUCGAUGUCAGCAAGUGUGGGAAGGUUGGUGAUGCUGGGAUCUGCAGCGUUGCCGAGACAUGCUCCUCAUCUCUCAAGGUCCUGAAGCUCUUAGACUGCUGCAAUGUAGGUGAGAGAUCCAUUCUAUCAUUGGCCAACUCGUGUCAUAAGCUUGAGACAUUGGUGAUCGGCGGAUGCCGUCUUAUCUCCGACGAGUCAAUCAGGUCCUUAGCUCUAUCCCGCUGCGAAAGCUUAAGAAUUCUGAGAAUGAAUUGGUGCUCCAACAUCACGGAUUUGACACUAAGCCUCAUAUUCUCAAAAUGUAGAUAUCUUAUGGAUCUUGAUAUUGGAUCCUGUGAUAAAAUAACAGAUUUAGGCUUUGAGGGACUAAAAUUGGGAGAUUUUGUGUCAGAGUUGAAGGUUCUGAAGGUCGGAAAUUUGCCGAGGAUUACGGUGGUGGCUAUAGGGAUCAUAUUACAGUUCUGUAAAUCAUUGAGUUAUUUGGAUCUAAGGUCAUGCCAACAUGUUGCAAAGCGUGUUUGUGAGGAAGCUGGUUUGCAGUUUCCUGAGUUCUGCAAGAUCAAUUUUGUUGGAAGCUUGUUAGAGAGUGAUGUUGAUUUAUUAUGUUGAAACUUUAGAUAAGAUGGCUGGUAUUGUUACUGGAUUUUAAGAAGGAUUUGGUUGUUGUUUGUAUUAAUAAUAAUAGGUUUUUUUUAGGGGCUAUUUUGUUUAUAU